AUGAAGUCCUUCUUCCUUUUCACCACUGCCCUUCUCUCCUCAUCUGCCUUGGCACAGUCAACUUCCCAGGCUGGAGGACAAGGCGGUGGCAGUGGCGGCGUCCUUCCCGAGUGCGCACAACAAUGUGCCCUGAAGGUCAUUCAAGAUAGCAAGUGCGGUUCUGAGGACCCCGGUUGCGUCUGUAAAGCUCCAGGGUUCGCCGAAUCCUACGUCAGCUGCGUCGGGUCCAGCUGCGGCCCACGUGAGGCCGCUGCUGCGAUUUCCGCUGGCAUUCGACUCUGCGAGGCUGCUGGCGUUACUAUCACCGCCGUUCCGAGCGCCACACACGAGUCAAAGUCUAAGGCUCAUGGACCAACAUCCGCUGCACCCGUUGUUCCCGCCCCGCCUGUAGUUCCUACUGCCCCUCCUAUCGUCACCCCAACUGCACCCGCACCUAUCCCUGCUACACCUGUUCCCACUGCUGGUGCCAACUCCCUCAACACUGGAGUCGCGGCUAUCGGAAUGGCUUGGGCUUCUAUGAUGUUCUUGUUCGCUCUUAUGUAG